AAAGGAGCGUGCGCGACAAAGACGCGUGACGCGUGCACAUUGGCAGCCGUUGUUGCGGCCAUCAAACUAUCGCCGUGCAUGUACACGUGAUGAGAGGAGACGCGCGCAGCAGGUCAGCGCUGUGCGCUCACUUCCGGCGAUGGAAGAUCAGAAGCCACCUGAUGGAGGCAGGCUGGAGCCUGCUGGGGUUCGCGUCCGGCUUGCUCAUGGCGACGGCAUACGGCGCCAUAAUGCUCUCCCUGCAGAAGCAGUCGCUGUGGGUGUGCGUCUACAGCACGCUGGGCGUGGCGGCGGUGGCGGCCUUCGGGAUGGGACUGUCGGCGGACAUGCGCGGCAGCAUCAUGGUCAUGUUGCCCUCGAUGUGCUCAGCUCACGGACGCAACUUCCUGCUCUUCCUCUCCACCUCGCUGGUUCUGUCCGGACCGCUCGCCAACACGAUAGAGAACACGGAACGAGCCGCCGCCAGCCUGCAGUGUGGCGCCGAUUUGGCGGCCAAACAAACGCGGGAGUUGAUGCAAAAAGCAGCCGCGCCCCUCCUCUCCGCGUUGGAUCAGAUCCGCGAGAUCUGCCGCAACGCCGUCGCCACGUCAACAAGGGUUGAGAAGCUGAUCCUGUCCCUGACCGACGCCGUCCGCCAUGUCGCUCGCACUCUAAGGAAUGUUCUCCACUUCCUGGUGGACAUCGGAGACGUCUGCAACGACAAGAUGGGCUCGCCGUACAAGAAGUGCCGGAGCAUCUUCACGCAGGCCCGUGUGGACUGCGACGCCCAGCUGGGGGACUUCAACUUCCUGUGUGAGAUUGUCAGCGGCUUCAUGCGCCUCUGCGAGCUGGCCCGCGCCGGCGAGCUCUUCUGCGUCAUCCCCGCCUACGUCGCCGAGCACCUGAGGGAACACCUGGCCGAGCCUGCUGUCUCGGCCUUUCAGCGCAUGCGGCGCCAGUUCGACUUCAACGUGACGGUGGCGGCCAACUUGGAGGCGGACGCCAACGUAAGUCGGACAUUGGGGAAGACUGCUCAAGACAUCCUUGAGGAGCUGACCUCAGACCUGCGAGUCUUGAAUAAGCUGAUGGGUCCAUUCGCCUUCGCCGGGCCGGUGCUGCUCGUCUGCUCUUUGUUCAGGGCCGUGCAGUACAGACGCAGAUACUUGAGUCUGAUGAGUUUUGACAACAUAUACAUCAGCGCUCAGUUUGUAGAGCUGGACCGUCAGGUGACCGCUGGGGGCGGGGCUUCCGUCUUGCCGAUCACUCGCAGAGAGUCGACCAUGUUCAUCACGCCGCUGUCGUUGCGACUAACGAGCCGUGAGUGGCGGGUGGCCCUGGUGGGCGGGGCCUGGGUGCUGAGGCACGCGUUGGCGGCCGGCCUGCUGGUGGCGCUGGACUUCCUGGUCUUUUGGCUCCUGGACCAGGUGCACCGCCAGGUCCAGAGCGACGUCCUGGGUCAAGCUCCGGUCUCCGUGGCGGUGCAGGUUAACGGGUCGGGUUAUAUGGCGGACAUCAUGCGGGACGUGGUGGCGUCAUUCAACGUCCUGCAGGGAGGGAAGGUCACAGCAAUCAGCACAAAGUGUAUGCUGGCGCCGUCGGAACCGGACUACGCCGACUGCUUCACCUUAGGCUUCCUUUUAGGUCUGGCCCUGCUGGUGUCGCUCGUCGGAGGACCUGUGCAGCGCGCCCGACGACUCAUGUGCGCUUAUCUCUAUCCUGAGACCGAGCUGGAGCGUGUCAAAUUCCUGCGCCAGCUGAUCAUGGACAAUAGGAGGGCGACGGGAAGGGCGCUAGUGAGGGUGAGGCCCAAGAAGCAGGCGCAUGAAGAGCAGCUACGCCGCCAUCUUGCUGCGCUGUUGCUGAGGCUACCAAGGGGAGGAGCUUACCUGUCUGACCUGCUGGCCUCGUCAUCAGACAUGUGUCUGGCCUGUGGCAGAGGGGCGGGGUCUACGUCCUUCGUCUGCGAUGUUCCUAAUUGUCCAGGUGUGUACUGUCGGCCAUGUUUCUGCAGUUUGGGGAAGGUGUGUGACGCGUGUGCGCGACCCUUGACCUUGCAGCAGUACAGCGAAGAGGAGAUUGACUCCAGUGCUGACGAGCGUUAGACCAUCAAGGUGCGGAGCGUCGUGCCACCAGGCUCUGAUGUCAGGCGGGUGAUGCUCAUACACAUUCUCCCCUCCGGUGAAUCGCACGCCGCCUCCUUCCUCAACACCGCCGACCGGCGUGAAUGACGUUGGAAAGCGUUGUGUGUGUACUUGUACAUUGUCUCUACUGUUGUGUUCUUUGUAACGACCAUGUUUGGCGUUCCUGUAGGCGGAGCCACCUGCACACCCCAAUUACAUUCUACACUCCAAAAAAAUGAUUCAAGCCCUUCUUAGAUGUGACACAUUUAAGUAUUGUUGAAUUUAUUCAAAAAUAUCUAGUUUUAAAAUAUACACAUAUAUAUUUAGUCAGUGAAACAUAAAAUUUCUCAUAAUUGAUCCAAUGGGAUUGAUUUGAUGUUGAUCAACGCAAAAUAAAUGAGUUCAGAAC